UGUUAGACACCGCCCACUCCAAAUUUCAGUGAGAAGGUUUCUCGUUAGACACUGGUUAUGCAACAUCGAUGUUGAAUGCUUUUGUCUAGAUUUAAUGUAAUAAUGAGAAUAUGCGGUGUUAAUUGGUGUGCUAGAAAUGGAUGGACUCAUACUAAAUUUCCUCGACGAGGAAGACUGAAGUUGACUUUGCUGUAUAUGUUUGGACUGUGUUUCUCUAUCAGCCAGACUGUUGAAGAGAUGCUGACACAGGUUGUUGGAGAAUCCAUCACAUUUUCAAAAAAACAAGGUGCCUCGUUAUUAUAUAAUGGUGGUACUAUAGCUGUGGUGGUUAAAGGAAACAUGGACUCAUCCUAUAUAGACAGUUUCAAAGACAGAAUUCAGUGGGACCAACAGACUGGACAGUUCACCAUCAGAGAACUAAAAACCAGUGAUUCAGGGAUCUAUGUUGUGGAUGGAAAGGGAGGUGUCAAGACAACAUAUCAACUCACUGUGUAUGAACCUGUUUCCAGGCCCAUGUUGACAACAGCAGAUAAUCAGAGCUGUUCAGUGGAGUGUUCUCUCAAGAAUGACAGAGAUGUGACCCUUUCCUGGUACAGUGGAGAGGAGAUAUUCAACCAGACCAGCAGCCCUGACCUUUCCAUCAAGCUCUUUCUCCCUCUGGAGGUGGACAAACAGAACAGAAUGUUUUACAUAUGUGAGGCUGCCAACCCUGUUACCAAGGAGAAUGUGAUGUUUUAUGUCCCAGAAUCCUGCAUGGUGACUAACAUGACAGAUCCAUCUGAAGGAGAACAACCUGACAUUGAGUAUGCAGAGAUAUCUUACAUUAUACCAACCAGUAUUCAGGAGAAACAAAUCGAUAUAUCCGAAGUCGAUCUGCCUAGAGAAACCGAAGUGACUGUAUAUGAAAAACUCCAGCUCCAUCGCAUGGCGGACAGCGAUGAUGAAGGAAAGGUGAAACAGAGAAGCCGACAGAUGAUAUAAUUUCAAGUGUUAGUCAUUAACUGAAUAAGGGUCUUGAUGAAAUCCAACUCAAUAGCUGUGCCUUAAUGGGAAAUUACAAGCAGAAAGCUGACACCUCAAUUUUCUUUUAUUGCAUGGCUGACAGUAGACUUUCUCCUGAUCCCGGUGGCAGAGGAAAAAGAAACAAUGUUCAACUUCUGCCUUCCUGCCGCCAGUUUGUGGCCAUUUAGAGAUUCGUCAUGGCCGCAGUGAAAGAUCUGAUUGGUGUUAUAUGAAACCACUUUGGGGUCAUAAAAAGAUGCAAACCAAAAAAGCAGGGAAGGGGAAACAUUUGUACCCAACUUGGAAUGCCUGGUAAAUAGAUGUGUGCCCAUAUAUAGUACUCACCAUUUCGGUAAAAAGAAUAGCGAUAAGACCGCACAGGUGCACCAUUUUGACCACUUGUGGUCUCAUUGCAAUUUAUUUUUCCAGAAAUGGCCAGUGCAAUAUGUAAGAAAUAAGGCAAAAGGGUGUGUGAUAUGUGUCACGAUGGUGUUGUGGUGGAAAGGAGGAACCAGGUGCAGGCAGAGUGGCAGUCGAUGUUGUAAUUUAAUAGAAAAUAAUACAGAGCACUUGAAUCAAAAAAUAAAGACUUAAAACAAAAACCUCACCUCUGACACGAAACAUGCGGCGACACGGAACAAUGACCAAUUAAUGAGAAGAGCAGAGGAACAACAUUUAAACACAUUAAUGACUGAAUUGGGACCUGGGGUGAGUGAAUUUUAGAGACAAGACACAUGACAAGUCCGGGAUGUGUUCGUGGAUGAAAGGAAAUGAGAUGAUGGGAGAUGAUGGGGCUGUCCGUCACCUCACCAUCUCAAUAUGGUCAAUAUACAAUGGUUAAGAGCUGCUCUUAGGCAUGACUCAGCACUAUAACAGAUCAAGAAAGUGUGGAACUGAUAAUGCAACAUUUAUUUAGCUAUUGUUUAUCUUGGCAGUGUGUACUCACCCUAAAUACGGUCAGGUGUAACAGAUUCUAGUCCAUAACAGCUAUGUUAAAAAAAAAAGGCCAUCAAUUUAAGCACUGAAACAUUUCUGAGCAAUAGAGCUUUUAGUUUGAUCUUUAGCAAUCUUGUUCCCAGGUCUGGUAAAAAUCUUCAUUAGCCUUAAACAAUAAAAAAGUACAGAGGACCUUGCGGAAUGGGCUUACUGUAAUUGGGUUAGUCAACCAACCCAUCCAUCUCCCACAACACCUACCCCACGUGUCCUUUCAUGUUUGCGCCAGUAUAGCUUUUUUAUGCUUUUUAGAGAGCAUUGGUCUGAGCCAGUGUUGCCAUAGAUGAGUUUAUACCAAUAGACCAUUAAUUGCAUGUCCAUAUGUUGCUAGCUCAUUCCUAGAACAUAAUUCCUCGCUCCUGCAGGCUCUCCUACUGACAAAUCGAACAAAGAGUGCAACAAAUACAGUGAGUCAUCAAGUUUCAAGCUAAAAUAAAACGGAGAGACGUUUACUUUCAUGACCAACAAUAAUUAAUCACACAUGUCAGAAAGAUUGGAACCAUGUUGAGCGUGAGUGCACCUUGUAUGCUGCUCUGCAUACUCAUUGCACAGUGGUGUUACAUGCGGGUCAGAAGGAAAUACACCAUGUUUAACGUUUUCGGAGCGUUAUUUUUUGCCAUAGUAAUGGGCAGCUAAUAUUUAUGAGAUGCUGGUAGUGAGA